UCAACAGUCAGACAGUGUAAAUAUUGUGAAAAAAGGCUUGGCAUUUUUACUCACAAAUCACUCUCUUUCUCCUAAUAUUCACGGAGUGUUUGGCUACAUUAUCAUAUCAGAUCAUCCUAAUUAAAAAUGGCUGAUCAACAACAACCUCCUGCCACUCAACAACCAGGACCUCAGGGUCCCCCUGGCUACCCUGGUUACAAUCAACAGCCCCAGCCUGGUAUGCAGGGCCAGCCUCAAGUUGGGUAUGCGCAGCCGCAACCAGGGUAUGGGCAGCCGCAGCAACCGUAUGGGCAGCCGCAGUAUGGGCAACCACAGUAUGGGCAGCCUCCUCAAGGACAGUACGUACAGGGAGGACCAGGAAUGCCCAUGCAAGGUGCCCCAAUGGGCAUGCCACCCCAAGGAAUGGUUUACAAUCAAGGUGGAAUGCCACCUCAGCAACAAGGGCAAGCCUACCAGGUCCCCGGCCAAGGAAUGCCGAUGCAAGGGGCCCCUCAGCAGCAGCAGUGGAUGCAGAAGCCACAGUCCAUUCCCGGCUGUCCCCCUGGACUCGAGUACCUCACGCAGGUUGAUCAGUUGCUUGUCCAUCAGCAGGUAGAGCUCUUGGAAGCUAUGACUGGUUGGGAAACGAAGAACAAAUAUCAAGUCAAAAAUAGUUUGGGCCAGCAGGUGUAUUUUGCUCAAGAGGAGUCUGAUGCCUGUAUGCGUCAAUGUUGCGGACCACAGAGAGGAUUCACCAUGCAUAUCACAGACAACAUUGGAAAUGAGGUGAUCAGUGUCCAGAGGGAGUUCAAAUGCUGUGCUGGUGUUAAUUGCUGCGCCGGUUCAGAUUGCUGUGCGAUGGAGGUUGAGGUCCAGGCACCCCAGGGUGAAACCGUUGGCUACAUAAAACAACAACAGAGUUGCUUGGCUCCUUGCUACGUGGUUCAGAACACGAACAGAGAUACUAUACUAGAGAUCACAGGGCCUGUGUGUAUCAUCCAGGGACCAUGCUGUCAACAGGACCAGGACUUUGAUGUGUCCACUGCCGACAACAAGGAAAAUAAAGUGGGAAAGAUCAGCAAGCAGUGGUCAGGUCUUGUCCGGGAAUACUUCACUGAUGCUGACAACUUUGGAGUUAACUUCCCCAUGGAUCUUGAUGUGAAAAUGAAGGCCACACUGCUCGGGGCGGUGUUCUUGAUUGAUUUUAUGUUCUUUGAGCAGAAGCAGAACAACAACAACCGAAAUUUUUAGACGGACAGGAAAGCCAAGAUUUCAGAAUGGACUUCAUCAAGUUGGGACACGUGUCGAAUUGUGUCAAAUUUUCAUCAUCAUCAUCAUAAUAAAUUAUGUCCCUGAUCUUCAAGACCUCCCCUUUUCACAGGUGACAUAUCCAAACCACCUGAACAUUUUUUCGUCACAGUUGAUAUAUAAGUGUCAUGCGGUCGUAUGAGUCCAUUUGAAUAUCGCUUUCAAACUCGUACUCAAAAUGACUUAUUGAUUCGAAAAAUAUCAUGAUGUAAUAAAUCAACCACAGUGUUGUUCGUGUAAUAUCUGUUUACUUGGCUGAAGGAAUUCCUUUGACUUUGUAGACUAGAAUGUAACCAAGGUUGUAAUUUAUUAGGUCCAUACUGGACAUUUUAGUAUAAUCUCUGUAAAUAUUAUACGUCAUUUUGCAUGCAUUGGGUGAAGAUGGAUUUGUUGGGGCUGUGUCGGCAUAAUGUUCAGUAUGUUUGUAGAAAGAAGCUCGGACAGUGAGUUAUGUUAUUGCCAAAAAAUGUGUUUUUAUAUAGAUUGAACAUAAUGGUGUAAAAUAGUUGAGGUGAAGGUCUUGUUUCCUGAAGAAAUCUCCUGUGUAUAUAGGUUGCUGGAAUGACAUUUCCCUGCUGAUUUGUAAAUAUUUAUAAAAAAUAGGGCCGCCUACCCUCGUCACUGAUUCGAGCAUCAUGACAUUUCCUUCUUCUGUCCAUUUUUAGAUAUCUGUAGCUUCAUUAGUGAUAUAUUUUUCUAUAAUUUGUGCGUUUUAUAUUUGAAAGUGAAUUUGCUUUAAAGAGAAUUGUCAGCAUUCAAUUCUGCCCUGCUUAGACUGCUGUGUAUUCUGAUACUGUGUGGACGCUGUUAAGCUAUAUGAAGGCCACAAGGCCUAUAAUAUGUGUAAUAGGCCUAGUGGCGAAACAGAUGCACCAAAACUGACUAGAUAGCAUCUACAUGGUAUAGAAAACGUUCAUGUUCGGUUUCCAAAGACUGUGCGGUAACAAAUUCAUCAGAAUUGAGCUACAUGUAUGGCUAAAACACGAAAGUCAGCAGACCAAGUAAAAUAACUACUCAGAAUAGUGUCUGUCCCUCAAUCUGUCAAGAUGGGGCAUGUUUUGUAACUGUAAGACCUAGGCACUUCAAAUUUCACUUGUAUAAUACUUCUUUUUUUCUGUUGUUUUGGCUGGUGGUUGAGGCUGAAAGAGACCUUCCAGGUACUUUCCAUUUUUGUACAUCUUACCUGUGUAUUUCAGCUGAGUGCCAGGCCCUUGAGCCUCUUGUUUUUAAAUGAUAUACGCGUAAUGCUGUUGAAGCAUACUUUAAGCCAGUUAUUUGAAAAACAAUUCUUGGACAGUGUUUUCAAACUUUUUUUUUGAUUUGCACUGAAAUUCAGCUAGCAUUUUGUUUAAAAGUGUUGAAAUCCUGUGAAAGUUAUUAUCAUUUUAUCAGAGGCUUUUACUGGAAUCGCAGUCGGCACCACUUGAGGGCUAUAAUCUCACUCAGGUAGUAACCAGCGGCUACAUCAUGAAGCUUGGCUUCUUCCAUCCCCAGGUUUGCUACCAGGGAACUAUUUGAAUGCUUUAAAAUGUAUGCAAGUUUUAAAAAACCACUCACCAAGGCCAUUUGUCCGAACGUCCCAACCUACCUUGGCAACUCACCACCCUACCUUGCCAAUUCCCAAGCUAAUGUCGAGAACCAAGCAGGCCUUCCAUCAUGCCUUGAUUUUCUUGUCUGUCUGCUCAAUUUUUGAGGACUUCCGUUUGUUCCUCUCCUAAGAGGGGCGUAAUUUGACAGCAGAAAUCGAAAUAUCUAUGCCUGAGCUCUACGUACAACUUCGAAUUUUCAAUAUUUGAAAAAUAAUUGAUUUUAGAGGCAUACAUUUUUUUGUAUUUUGCAAGUUAGGGCAGGUCGAAGAAGAGUGUUUCCUCAUGAAAAUUGUUCUUCUGCCUUCUGGUCAAUAUUUUAUCCCAGAGUCUGACAUUGCCCCUGUGUGUUCAUGACAAAAACAAACAUUUCUUGGUCCGUCCUGUCAUUGUUUGUGUAUUCUAUUUCUAUGCAAAAGUUGUGUUUUUUUUAUUUAGUCAAUUAGUGGAUGGUCCAACGGCCUAACAUAUUUAUGACAAACAGUCUAUAUGAAAUGUGUUUUAGGCUGUUUCACUUCAGAAAACUAUGUGGUAUAUCCGUGGUGAUGGGUUUUGUAGAUAUCUAGCAGGAAUCAUAUUUAGAGGGCAACUCAGUUGGCUGGCAGGUAUAUUAUAGAAGUUCGAUCUUUUUUAUAUAUAGUAGUGUUGGAGUAGUGUCUGUACAUCCACAAUGUAAUCAUGGAGUCACUAUUAAACUUCCUUCAGAUGUAACAAAUCAAA